AUGAUUUUUAGAUUGAACGAUUUCCUCAUGUCAAUUUCACAGGGAUUUGUUGAAGUGGAGUUGAAAUCAUUAUUAGCCAACUUGGUAUUCAACAACAUCAUCAUGAUGGUAGCAGGGAAGCGAUAUUAUGGGGGCGGUACAGAAGACAACGAUGAAGCCAAGCUCGUGAGGGAACUUAUAUCGGAGAUUGUGACCGGCACCAGUGCUGGAAAUUUGGCUGAUUAUCUUCCGAUCAUAAAUUGGGUCACAAAGUUUGAACAACGAACCAUAAGUUUGGGGAAUCGACUCGAUAAGUUUCUGCAAAAAUUGGUUGAUGAGAAACGUGCGGAGAAAGAAAAAGGUCAAACUUUGAUCAAUCACUUGCUUUCUUUCCAAGAAACCCAACCUGAGUAUUACACUGAUGUCAUCAUCAAAGGAAUCAUACUCGCUCUUGUAGUUGCAGGGACAGAGACGUCAGAAGUGACGCUAGAAUGGGCGAUGUCAAACUUGUUGAACCAUCCAGAGAUACUCGAGAAAGUGAGAGCGGAGAUCGAUGAUAAAAUCGGUUCGGACCGGUUAAUCGAGGAAUCAGACAUUGUGAAUCUUCCUUAUCUGCAAAACACUGUGUCGGAAACGUUACGUUUAUAUCCUGCGGUUCCGCUGCUACUCCCUCAUUUCUCAUCGGAUGAAUGUAAAGUGGCGGGCUAUGAUAUGCCACGUGGCACGUUGUUAUUAACAAACGUAUGGGCUAUGCACAGAGAUCCAGAUUUAUGGGAAGAGCCGGAAAGGUUUAAGCCGGAGAGAUUCGAGAAAGAAGGAGAGGCUCAAAAGCUAAUCCCAUUUGGGAUGGGACGACGAGCUUGUCCUGGAGCCGAGCUUGGGAAGAGGUUAGUAACCCUUGCUCUUGGGAGUUUGAUUCAGUGUUUUGAGUGGGAGAGAGUUGGUGAAGAGCUCUUGGACAUGACUGAAGCCGAAGGCAUCACUAUGCCUAAAGCUACUCCGCUGCGAGCUAUGUGCAAGACACGUGUCGUUGUCAGCAAAGUGAUUUAAAUAGAUGUUGUGUUCAAACUCGUAAAUUAAAGUCUUUUAUCCCACGUGUUGAUUCUUAGAGAAAUAAAUCAGUCAUCAGUGUUUUGUACUAUUUCA